AUUGUAUACAUUUUAUUUAACGAAGCCGCAAUGUCAUCAGAAGCAGAAAAUGGUUUUAUACGGGUGAAUAAUCAGUUAUGUUAUUUUUCUAUAGAUGGACAAUUUUUCGCAGUUGCAUAUCAAGCGAAUUUAAUCAUUAAAAGUAGCAAAACCGCAGCUACUGUUCAUUCGUUCAUAUUUCCAAGUAUAAUUGAGUAUUUGGAGUGGUCCAAAAAUAGUGAGUACAUUGUAUGUGCAAAUAUUAAAAAAGCUAUUAUUCAGGUGUAUUCUAUUUAUUACCCUGAAUGGAGAUUUAAGCUUACAGAAGGCAGUGAUGGUUUAGAAAGCAUUAACUGGUCUCCUGAUAGUAGACACAUUCUAACAUUCUCAGAUUUCAAUAUUCAGAUAUCAAUAUGGUCCUUGGAAAAUUUGAGCGUAACUCACAUACAAAAUGUAAAGUCUUCUUAUAAAAAAUUAUAUAUAAGUCCAAAUGGUAAGAAAUUAGCAGUAGUAAUUUCAAAUGAAGGUGAAGAUCAAAUAGAAAUUUAUAAGACUGAUAGAUGGAAAUUAGAUAAAAAAUUAAUAUGUGGACGUUUGAAUAGUAUCGAUGGAAUAUGCUGGUCGCCAAAUAGCGAAUUAUUAUGUAUAUGGUGUUCCUUUAGCGAUGAAGCAAAGUUAAUUAUUUAUUCAAAUAAAUUAGAAAGAGAUAUCGCGGUAUUUUGUCCUGCGCAAAUUUCAAAUUCAUCUGAAAUAGAAUACACCUAUGAAAAAGAAUUAAAAGGAAUUGAAAAUGUAACGUGGAUGCCCAAUGGACAGUUAUUAGCUGUAGCAGGAUUUAAUGAAAUGGUCGUAUUAUUAAAUCAUGUAACAUGGAAACCACUUUUACAGUUGUAUCUUGACCCAGUAAUUAAAGAAAAUUAUUUGAACAAAGUAUACAAAGAUGUUAUAGUACAGACAAAUAAAAAUAUUAGCUUUUAUGAUAAACAUAUCCUGGAAGAGAAAUCGGAAAGACCAAUAAAUAUAAAAAUUGGUAAAAAGGAUAAUAUCGACAGGCUUUCAGUUGCUAAAUUUGAUAUUUUAGUAUUUAGUUUUUGCGGCCAAUAUUUGGCUAUAAAACACCAACUUUACCCUACAACAUUAUGGGUUUGGAAUAUUAACGAGGAUUAUCUUGAUUAUUUGCUUCUUGAAAAUAACAUUACGUCUGUGAAGUGGAAUCCCACACGUGCUCAUAUGUUAAUAUUUUGCGAAUGCGCGCACAUGUUUGAAUGGACACCAAGUAGUGCAAGGUGCAUACCAACUCCGCGAAAUAUUAUAGCGUUAGAUGCUCGAUGGCACCCAGAAGGAAAUGUUUUGCUACUUUGUGGUUAUAACAAAGCAGUUAUUCAUCAGAUUGAAAACAAAUCAUGAAUCAUUUAAGAUAAUAUAGUAUAUAGAAAUAAAUUAAAAACUAUAUAAAUAAAUUUCUAUUUAUUUUUUCAA